AUUUAAUGUUACUAUUUUUUUCUAACACAUGGAAGAUCAUAUGUUAAAAGCUAAGGAUUUUAUAAAUUUUGUUAAUUCAAGUCCUUCCCCUUGGCAUACUGUUGAUUCGACGAUUAAAAAGCUAGUAAAAUGUGGUUUUGAAGAAAUUAAGAAUAAUGAAAUAUGGAAUUUAAAAAGACUUGGAAAAUAUUAUAUAACCAAAAAUAGAUCCACAAUAAUUGCCUUUACUAUAGGCAAUAAAUAUAAAUCUGGAAAUGGAUUCAGCAUUAUAGCAGCUCAUACAGAUAGUCCAUCUUUAAGACUGAAACCUGUUGCUAAAAAGUGUAAAUUAAAUUAUCAACAAUUAGGAGUUCAAUUAUAUGGAGGUGGUAUAUGGUACACAUGGUUUGAUAGGGAUCUAACAUUGGCUGGCAGGGUUAUAAUUAAAAUUAACAAUAACUUAGAACAUAGACUAUUUAAUGCAGAAAGACCUCUACUUAAAAUUCCGACAAUAGCUAUUCAUCUGCAUAAUGAAUAUUUUGAAAAAUUUGCAAUUAACAAAGAAACCCAUUUGACACCAAUUUUGGGAUUAAAGCCUAUAAAUAAUAUAAUUAAUAAGGACACCAAUAAUAAAGACAAAGAGGACAAUACAACAGAGACUGUUAAUAAGAAAUACUUUUCAGAUGGCCAUAAUCAAGAUUUGAUGAAAUUAAUAGCUAAUGACUUAAAACUACCAUCAAUUAAUAAUAUAGUAGAUAUGGAAUUAUGUUUGGCAGAUACUCAACCAGCAACUUUAGGAGGCAUCAAUAAUGAGUUCAUAUUUUCUCCCAGGCUCGAUAAUCUGUUGGGCUCUUUCACCGCUUUGGAAGGUUUUAUUGAAUCCUUAGAUCUGAAAUCAAUUUCUGAAGAAAAAAAUAUCCGGGUUUUAGCGCUUUACGAUAAUGAAGAAGUAGGCUCUCAAAGCACCCAAGGGGCUGCUUCGGCUUUCACGCAUUCAAUUCUGAAAAGGCUAGUUCAUUUCCAAUUUGAAAAUGAAUCAUCAAACUUGGACGCCUUCGAAACGGCUAUUGCCAACUCAUUUUUGGUCAGCUCAGAUCAAGCGCAUGCUAUUAAUCCCAAUUAUUGUGAAAAACACGAAGAAAACCAUCAAGUAAAACUGGAUAAAGGAUUCGUUAUUAAACAUAACGCCAAUCAAAAGUACGCCACCACAGCUAUCACUUCUGCUAUCUUAAAGGAGAUCGCACAAAAACAGGAUAUCCCUCUUCAAGAAUUUGUUAUAAGGAACGAUUCUAGUUGCGGUAGUACUAUAGGCCCAAUUCAAUCCGCCUUGCUGGGUAUACAAACGGUCGACGUAGGGGGCCCUCAACUUUCGAUGCAUAGCAUAAGGGAGACCUGCGCCGCCAUCAGCGUCUCUCACGGAAUACGACUGUUUAAGGCAUUUUAUGAAAAUUUUUCAAAAUUGGAUUUGUCAAAACUUGUUUGAACGAAAUGUCGAGAUAUUAAUCAAAUUAAUAAUAUUAAAUAUUAUUAAUAUCAACAUUAUGGAAUCUAGAAUUACAUGUUAUAUUCUUUUAUUUUAUGUUAUUUAUUGACGUUUAUCAAUGUAGUAUAAAAA